UGGUAGCGCGAUUCAGAAAAAUUGUCAUGCCUUAAUUCCGUGUAUUAUUUCUGUGGGUGAAGUAAGAGAGAAAGAAAAAAAGUUUAUUGGACAUUUUCAUUAUUGAGCCAAAUCAACUGACUAGAAAAGUUUUAACCAUUUUGUGUGCACAACAAGAGAGUAUUUGGUUUAAUUGAGAGUCUCGCCCCAAGGAGAAAGCACACAGGCUAAAAUAUUUAUCAGAUUACACAGCUGGGCUUUCAUGAUUUUGAUUUCGGUCGCUUCGAUUAUGUAAUAAUGGUAUAAAAAUCUCCUUUGCACGAUAUUGCUCUUCAGCAGGAUUCUACUGCAAUAUUUCAUUGAACUCAGUCCCUUUUUGUGGAGAUAUCGAAGGCUCAAUAAAUCGCCAUAAAAUAUCAAAAGAUGUGUGGAAUUUUUGGGGAAAAAAUGUAUUUUAUUGAAAACCCAUUGAAUUUUCUUAGAGCAAAACCAAGGUGUGUUUCUGUUUAAUUUUAUUAAGUAGUUUGUGAACAUUUUUUUCCACAUUACAAGCUUCUUUUCUGCGAAAAGAAAAGAAAAGGAUGUGUGACAGUGAGUGAUUUGCCAAUAUUUAAUCAUUUAUUGAUUUUAUCCAUUGAGGAAAUUGGCAUUUAGUGGCAAAGCAAAGAAAAGGAUUUAAAGUCAUUUUUCGCGUGAAAAAUGCAGUAAAAAGAAAACGUCCCGACAACGAAUCCUUCAAUUAAAACACAAGAAAAAAAAAGUCCUGAAAGAGAAAGUUGAAAUGAAGCAGAAAUAAUGGUGUAAAUUUAUGAUAUAGCUUAAUUUGCAUUGCGUGUGACUCAGGAGGAGAAAGAGAGAAAGAAAAAAAAUAACAGAAAAGUUCUAAUAAACCACAAAAUCAAUUAAAUAAUCUUCAUGUUCCCCUCUAUGAAAAGCAGAAGCUAGAAAAGAACGUGCUUUUCUUCAUUUUAAUGUCUGUGGUCAUGAACAUAUUAUAGUUAGGACUUUUUUUAAAGAGUGAAAGACACACAUUUUAUUCUACUGACUCUGGACAACAUUAUUGGAGGAGUUGUGUUUGUGGUGCUUUUGGAACUGGAGCAACAGAGAAACGCACCAAGGGGAGGGAUCCAGUGUCACCGAGUCCUUUCCGAUGAGUCCUUCGGCAUCGUCUCUCGGGAUGCUGUGGACGCGAGUGUGCUAUCAGGGGGACGGAUACCAGAUACAGGGACAAUUGAGAAUUGCCAUCGAAUAGCUCUGACCACAACAAUGAGGAGUGGCAGUUCUGAAUUGCUCCUCGAACAGCAACAACAGGAACUUCGAUUGCGGAAGGUGAAAGAACUGGCGCCAGCUAAGAAGAAUGCCAACAAAGUGCAGCGAACUUGGCGCGAGAAGGCAAACUUCUACAUCACAUCCACCCUGGCUUUCUUCUCGGUGACCGCUGGAGCGUCAUUGCUCUUCCUGGUACCCCUCUAUGUCGAUCCUGCCAUUUCUACCCUCGUCUUUGACUUCAUCGAUAAACCCACCCUCUGCACAACGACUCGACGGGAAGAUCUCCUGGGCAUUUUCAAUUGCUCCUGGAGCUCCUGUCGAGAAGGAUGCACUUCUGACAUGUAUCGCUGCACCCACAUCUACGUCACCUACGUCGAUUCUACCAAUCUCACCCUACCCAUGCUCGCUGAUAUCGCAAAUCACACAACAUGGUCCCAUCUGGCCAAUUACACAGAACUCCAGCCACAAUCCGAGGAAGCCCAGCUCCUGGUCAACAUCAAAGGAUGUGGCUAUCCGCCAAGUGUAAAGUGUCGGAAUUUUACUGAUGUCUAUGGCAUUGAAGGUGCCAUAUUCCCGUGUUAUUUUUCAAGAUUCAACAAAACUGUCGUUUUGACUAAUUACAAUCGAGACGAUCAAGUGUCGAUGAUCGUUAAUUUUUUCGUGGUGCCAUUUAUUAUAACUCUUAUAUCAUCAGUUGCGCUGUGCGUCUUGCAUUGUGAUUGUAGAUGCAAACGAGAAAGACACCUCCGAAGACGUGGUCUCAAUCGAAGGCCCAGAAUAGAAAAUUUAAGUGAUUCAUCAAUAUCAACUCGGGUUGAUAUGCUGACACCGGCCAUUGAGGUCUACAAACAACCACUCUGACAUAAGGAAGACACCCUGGAGAGUAAUCUUGGUAAUGCCUCAACCAGCAGCGGCUUAUAACACUAUCUCUCCACGGUGUUAAAUUCGUUCGAACGACAUAAGUAUAAAAAUACCGAUUUCACUUUAACAUUUUUUAAUAAUACGAGUAUUAUUAAUGUAUUACUGAGAAGAACUUUCUCACACUCUUGUAUACUUUCCUCAAUGUAUCACUGCUCGGUUGUUUGUAAAACGGUGAAAUUAUAUAUAAAUUAAAAUUUGGGUUUUCCUGAAACAAAAUACAUUGGAUUGUCCUUCAAUUUCUCAUGCAAACCUUUUUAGAUAGAUUUUUCUAUACACAUUGCAUGCAUUUUGAUUGAAAAUGAAAUUUUUAAAAAGAUAAAUCACUAAUUAAAAAAAAUGCAAGUGUUGACAUCUUUUAUAAAUGAAUCACUCGAAAUUCAGAACAUAAAAAGAUCAUACUAUUAUUAAAAAUAAAAA